AGCUGUGUGUCCAGAACAGCCAAGUACAACAGUUUAACUUUCUGCCUUGAGCCAACACCAGUUAGACUGAUCCCUAAAUGGUAACUUAAAAACUUGGCAGUACUGAUUCCCUAAUAUAUGGGGUAUUCCCUAAUACCCAACUGUUCUGGGUUGGGUGCUCUCAGAAAGCUGAAGGUGCCUCCAAUGCACAUUUCAGUGCCUCCAAAGCUGCAUGUGUCUCCAAUUUCCUUGCCCCAAGGUGGGAGAUGAGUACAUACAGCAGCUGCUGUCACUAACACAAGCCAUGUGUGUUCAUUGUUCUGCCUGACAACAUCAGUAACACACAUAAAUACUGUUCAGUGUGUGCCCCAGGAGCUGCAGCUCCACACUGCCCCAACCCACACCUGCCACCCACCCUCCUGCAGCACUAACAAACCCUCAGCAGUCAGAUUCUUCCCUUGCUGUACAAAUUCUCCAUGCACUUUCUGUAUCAAAGGUGCAGCACAGACAGCCCAGGAGCCUCCUCCACAUGAUCAGCAGUAGGAUUGUUGAGUCUCUUCAUGCCAUGGAAAGGCAGCUGGUUUCCUGUUAAUGACACAGCCCCCAGAUUGGGGACAGAUCCCUCAGCAUGGCACUUGUUAGCUGGAGGUCUCUGAUGAGGCAGGAGGGAAACUGUUUUGCUUCAACCUCAGCCACACAGGAAGGCUGGAGGUUCAUUCUGCUGGAAGCUGGAACUCAACACUUCCUGCCACUCUAUGGACCUCAGCAUCUCACACGUGAAACACAGUGGGCUGUGAAAAGUUUCCAAUAUUCUCAUCCCUCCUACCUCACUUAAGGACAAAGAACUACCCUCCCCACUCAAUCUCAGCUGUACUGAAAGCUCAAAUUCCACUUGCAAGGGUUUUCUAAUAGCAGAUGAAUGUAUAUUCAAUCCAAGCUGAUGGCAACAGCCUCCACUCUUCACUGGCAGUGCAGAUGUUGGUUUGUGCUUACUAUGAAAUGAAUUCACAUAGUAGUACAGCUGCCUCCUUUCUAAUAACUUAUACACUGUUCUAGACUGUCCUGAGGCCCAAGUUAUUGCUUACUCAACAAAUAUAAAUAUUUUAAGUCUCUUGUCACAUACAGGCAACUCUCAUUUUAAAUUCAUGCACUGUGCAGGGGGCUUAGAACUUACUCAUUUGUUCCAAAGGGCUACAGAGAGGAUUGGCUGCAGGUACAUAAAUGGUUAUAAAUUAUUCAAUAGAUCAUUUUCUGUUAUCUGUUAUACAAAAUAACAAAGCAAGCAAACUACCCAGGGAGUGUUCCUCAAACACAGACGAACAGAUGAGAACCCCUUCCAAUUACGGGGAGUGGGGGCAAUAUCCUGCAUGCUCUUUGUGCCGAUACUAACGACACUCUGCGUCAGCAUAGGUGGGGUUUCCAGCCACAGUGCUUCCUCCUGGACUGUAUAAAGGUGCAAGUGCACACUCAGCUCCUAGCUACCAUCUCCAUCUGUGCUGCUUUACUUUACCUGCCUCAGUCCAGAAGACAAAGAGCACAAUGGCAUUCUCCACCCGCAGCAUCCAGUGGAGCUCCAGCAGCCGUGCCCAGACUGCCGCGCCCAGCGUGAGCAGUGUGACCUCCAGGAAAAUGUCCCUGCAGAAGAUCCAGGCUCCCAGCGUCUAUGGGGGAGCUGGGGGCUAUGGCACCCGCAUAUCAACCAGCACCAGCUCUGGCCUUGGAGGGAGCCUCCAGGUCAGCAUCACUGGGAGCGAUGUGCUGCUGGCUGGCAAUGAAAAAUCAACCAUGCAGAACCUGAACGAUCGCCUGGCUGCCUACCUGGAGCGGGUGCGCUCACUGGAGAAGUCAAACUCCCUGCUUGAGACGCAGAUCAGGGAAUGGCAUGAGAAGAACACCGUAAGCGUAGGGCAGGACUACAGCUCCUACUUCAAAACAAUUGAAGAACUCAGAAGCAAGAUUGCAGAUGCCCAGAUGGAAAAUUCCAGGCUUGUCCUGCAGAUUGACAAUGCCAAGCUGGCUGCUGAUGACUUCAGGCUGAAGUUUGAGAAUGAGCACCUGCUCAGGCAGAGUGUGGAGAGCGACAUCACCGGGCUGCUCCGUGUCCGUGACGACCUGACUCUGACAAAAGCUGACCUGGAGUCCCAGAUUGAGAGCAUCACUGAGGAGCUCGUUUUCCUCAGGAAGAGCCACGAGGAGGAACGGGACAGGCUGCACAAAGAAGUAGGAGGCUCUGUGAACGUCGCAGUGGAUGCUGCUCCCGGCAUCGAUCUCGCAGCCAUCAUGGAAAACAUGAGGAAGCAAUAUGAAGAAGUGGCAGAAAAGUACCGCCAAGAAGCCAAAGACCAUUAUGAAAAUCUGAUAACAGAGUUGCACCAGGAAGUUUCCGUCAGUGUUGAGAAGCUGGAGGGCCACAGGAAAGAGAUCACGGAACGGAGACAGGUCUACCAGAGCCUGGAGCUGGAAUUACAGUCCCUGCUGACCAUGAAACAGACCCUGGAAGGCACUCUGGCUGAAACAGAAGCACGCUACAGUUACCAGCUUGACCACAUACAGCAAGCAAUUUCCAGUCUGGAGGCCCAGCUGAGGCAGCUGAGAGCUGACAUGGAGGCUCAGAACAGUCAGUACAGCACCCUGAUGGACGUCAAGACUCGCCUGGAGAUGGAGAUCGCCACGUACCGCCGGCUGCUGGAGGGAGAGGAAAUCGGGGAUUUAGAAGCGAUAGCGUCGGUAACAGAGGCUGAAAAAGAAUCAAGUAAAUUUAAGAAGAUCAAGACAAUAGUUGAGGAGGUGGUUGAUGGCAAGAUUGUCUCCUCUGAGGUCAGAGAGAUUGAAGAGAAGAUGUAAACAGCACCAGCAGAAAAGAUGCCUCUGAGUUCCCUGAAGCUGAUGCCAA